UUCAGUCGCCGCUCCGACAUCCUGCUCGCAACACGUCUGCGGCCGGUCCCCGUUUUGACCCGAACCUGUCCACGUUUUACCCGGGGUCUCUUCAUCGUUUACGGUUUCUGUCAUGCCGUGGCAGAUGCGACGGAGCCGGAGCACGGCUUUUUUCGGCGCCAGCUAGACCCACGUGUUCACCCUACACGAUUCGGAUGAACGUGAGAAGAUUUCGCGGAUGGACCGAAGGGGAAUUCUAAAAUAGGCUGACAUGUUCGCUCGACUUGCUCUCUGGUCGGAAGCUUCUGGACAGUCUUCACGGGAUUCGAAAAUAUGCAGCCGUCGGAAUUAAGGAAAAUAAUCGACGUCUGAGCAGAACUUAUGCUCAGCGUCGAGGGAAGUAACAAUGGGAUCGUGCAAAGAAUACCCAACAAUUACGCUAAUCACUGCAUUCAAAUUAUCAAAGAAGACGAGGAACGUUAGAAAGACGACGAUGAACCCAAACGGAGGUCCAGGGGCCCCGGAAGAGUCUCAAUGGAAGAGGUGACGUAUCACCCAGUGAUGCGUAAACGACGUGGACUGGCCAGCGCCAUUUUGGGCCUGAUAGUUGGCCUUCUCCUGGGUUUUCUCAUCCAAAGUUACCGAAUACUUUCGUCGAGUCAUCAUCAGAGGUUCAACAUGUACGCAACCUCCAUGCCUGGUCCACUGAUCAAACCGUCGGCCCGAAAUGUUCCAAAGUUAAACGACGACGAGCAGAUAAACAGUUCCUCGAGUAGUCUGGUGUUCGUCGGCGUUAUGACUGCUAGCAAGUACCUUGAUACGCGAGCCAAAGCCGUCUACGAGACCUGGGGCAAGGAACUACCGGGUAAAAUCGCUUUCUUCUCAUCGGAAAGUUCCGUGGUACCGGAGAAUUGUCCCGAUCUGCCUUUGGUACCGUUGCCGCGAGUCGACGACACGUAUCCGCCUCAGAAGAAAUCGUUCAUGAUGCUGCAGUACAUGUGGAACUAUUAUGGUGAUCGUUUCGAGUGGUUCCUCAGGGCGGACGAUGACGUUUACGUGAGGACGGAUCGUUUGGAGAAAUUGUUACGAUCGGUGGAUUCCAGAAGAGCCAUGUAUAUCGGCCAAGCAGGCAGAGGGAACUCGGAAGAAUUCGGUCUGCUGUCGUUGGAAUACGAUGAGAAUUUUUGUAUGGGCGGGCCUGGUGUUAUUCUGUCCAGGGAAACGUUGAGAAGAAUCGUACCGCACAUCAAGUACUGUUUAAGGCACUUGUACACCACUCACGAAGACGUCGAAUUGGGAAGGUGCGUGCAGAAGUACGCUGGUAUACCUUGUACCUGGAGCUACGAGAUGCAGUCGAUUCUUUAUCACAACAGCAGCGGGGCGCAAGCAUUCACCGGAAACCUGAAGAAAAAAGAAGUCCAUCGUGCUAUUACGUUGCAUCCUGUUAAAAGCCCGCCACACAUGUACAGGCUGCACAAUUACAUGAGGGCUCUCCAGAUACAAAAUCUGCAGCAGGAGAGAUUGAACCUUCACAGGGAUAUCUACGCUAUGGCCAAGCAAUUGGAGAUGAGCGUGGAAAAUUUAAGAAAUUUCGAGAUAGCCAAAGGUGUUCCUCUGUUUCCUGUGAAUCCUUACUCGAAAGAAUAUCCAGGCGACACGGAGAUAUUAGGUGUUCCGGCAGGACUUCGUUCGUUCAAGCCAACGACCGCCGACGAGGUGAUCCCUUGGGAUUUUCUUUCGAGGUCCGAGUACAGUUUAGCCGAUUCAAAUCCGAGGAGAAGAAUUCACAGUGACAUUAAAGAAGGCCUCGAGGACAUCACCAGGGAAGUGAUGGCUUCGAUAAAUGCUUGCUCACGACAACGCGGCAGAGUCGUCGAGGAAAGGUCAACCCUAUACGGAUAUAGAAGAGUGGAUUCUUAUGGUGCCGACACGAUACUGGAUCUUUUGUUGGUCUACCGGAAGUACAGAGGUAGAAAGGUCACUUUACCCGUUAGAAGACACGUGUAUCUUCAUCAACAUUUCACAGGACUGGAAAUACGAGAAACGGUGAACGGGGAGGAAGUUGACGAGUCACGAAGAAAGCAACGAAACGACAAAUCCUUGCAAAGUAUAUUCAGUGGUGGCUUCCUGAACCUGAAUUUCAACUUCGAAGAAGAAGAUCCUGUAAACGGCAAGGUUAUCCAUUUUAUUCUACCUCUGUCAGGGAGAUACGAGGUUUUCCAAAGGUUCCUACAAAACUACGAAGAGAUCUGCUUGACGAGUGGUCAGAAGACCACUCUGUUCGUGGUUCUGUAUCAACACAAGACCGAGAACUCGUUUAAUCGAACGAUAGAUCUGAUCGAACAAAUGAGAUACAAGUAUCGUAGUGCCAGUAUUGAUGUUAUACCCAUCUCUGGCACAUUCUCCAGAGCGAAGGCUCUGAAUUUCGGUGUCUCGAGAUUGAAGAACGACGAUUUGAUGCUCUUCAUCGACGUCGAUAUCGUGUUCAACGAAGCAGCGCUUUAUAGAAUACGGGCGAACACUAUUUUCGGUAAGCAAGUGUAUUUCCCGGUUGUGUUCAGUCAGUACGAUCCAAAGAUCGUCUACAGACAAGAGAAAACACGACAGGAUACGUUUUCGGUGAACGAAGUGACCGGUUAUUGGAGACAAUUCGGAUUUGGUAUCGUUUCCUUGUACAAACAGGAGUAUAAAACCGUGGGUGGUUUUGAUCUGUCCAUUCAAGGAUGGGGUAAAGAGGAUGUGGAUUUCUUCGAGAAAUUGAUCAGAUCUAAUAUCAAAAUCUUUAGAGCAGCAGAUAAGGAUCUGAUCCAUGUUUAUCAUGAUAUAGAGUGCAGCAAAGAUCUCUCUGGAACGCAGUUCUCCAUGUGUAUGGGGACCAAAGCUGACACUUAUGGAGGUGUAGAGACUCUGGCUGAAAUUAUUUACCAAAAUCCAGAUAUAUUGCAAUUUGCCAAAGCUAGGAGAGCGAACCUGACUAACGCAGCCGGUUGAAUGGUAAUACGAGGCUGGUAACGAUUAUCUCUUGGUUGUUAUACCCAUAAAUAAAAAUAAGGAAACUUUUUAUUGAAAACUCAGAGGAGGUUGAAAAUUGAAGUAUAAUUAAGCAGAAGUAGACAAUUGGUAUUUGUAGUAAAGAUAGGCAAUAUGCACUUUGCCGGUCAACGUGUCCACAAUUCGCUUCCAUUGUAUACACGCUCCAAUUCAUGAAAGAAAUCAAUAUUUACGACCAGGUGUUUAUAAAUUUGGACAAUUUGUCGGCUUAUGGGUGAAAGCGUAAUGAGAUACAUAAUAAGAAAGAAAAGGAGAUAUACAGGGUCAUAACUCCGUUAUUAGUGCAUUGACGGAAAAAUGGUAAAGGAAGAAGAUAAAUUGUUCUCAGAGCUCUAAAUCUGUAGGCCCUUAGAUUUUUGUAAAUGUUAACAGUGCACGUGUAAUUAACAAUUUCAUCAUUUCUUUAAAUGGAAAUGCAUAUUUUUGUUUAUACAGAUCGAUUCCCCUGUUAAUUCUGGGUGAAAAAGUAUACAUAUACUAUGGUACGAAAAUGAGUAGUUUUCGAGAUAUUCACGAAAGACGGUUUUAUAUUUACAACUUUAAAUAGCUCUCUUUCCUGUAAUUUUUGUCUCUCAACUCUCUCUCCGGGAUCUUCUUACUUCUCUCUUUUCACCCUUGAUUUCUACUUUUUUUUUUUUUUUGUUUUUUUUUUAGCCAGCGGGUGGCGUUGGUCACAGCUCGCCUGAGGCGAAGUUUGGUGGGGGUGGUGCUGCUGGUAGGGAGGAGCCUGCUUGGCUAUGUUUUCCUGGUUUAGAUUUAAAAAAUUUUGCGGCCCACAAAUUUGGUGCUCUUGGAACCAUUUAUCUUGCUGCUUUACCAUUUUACCGUCAAUGCACUAAUAACGGAGUAUACCUCUGUAUAUCUCCUUUUCUUUCUUAUUAUGUAUCUCAUUACAAAUUCUGUACUUCAUUACAUUAAACAGCGUUCGGUUCACCUGUAGUAUUACCUUAUCAUUGAAAGGGUUAAAGAAAGUACUGAUAGCGAUUAGUGAACCAAUCAUUUUGCGCAUUGUGCGUACGGGUCUACUAGUAAUUUGUAAAUAGUCGGUGUAAUUAUGCUUUCUUCGACACAGAAAUCUGUGCUGGAAUGGUAUUUAAAAUCGAACUCACCAAAGUCUUUGCCGGUCUAAGAAUUAAUUAAACGUGAUCAUCAUUUACCAUCGAGUGUAAGCCCGAGAUUUAUUUGAAACCAUAUUCGAUGAAACGAACAUUCAAUUUUUAGAUUCGUCCGUGUUAGAGAUUAUUUUAUCUACGUAUGAAUAUAUUACGUUAAAAAUAGCGGGGGAAUGUUUGUAUAUUUUCGAUUGAUACGCGGAGUAUUAAUUACGUGGGUGUGUCUCUUUGUUCCUUUAUGUAUUUGCUUUUUAGUAGAAAAGAAAAAUCACUAAGCCAUUUUAUACAAUUGUAUAAUACUCUGUUUAUUGAUUCAGAAAUUUUGGCAUUAUUUACCUUCUUGGUCUGUAAUAACGUGUCAGACAUAGAUUUUAUCUUUGCCAGAAGAACAUAGUGGCAUUUCUUUUUUAUAUAAAUUUGUUUUUUUUAUAUAAAUUUUUUAUAUAAAUUUCGUCACUUCAAAAAUGAAUAUGCGAAUAGAAUAAUAGUCUGAGAAAGGAAAAAGUGAAUGAAUAACUUAAGACAUGAAUACUCCUCGAAAACCUUAGUGUUAUAUUAUGCAAGGUAUUCCAUAUUAAUGUAUCGUCCUUUUUUUUACGUAAAUAUAUUCUUUGGAAUAUUCUGCAAAGAUUUCAAUACCUUUGUCCCCAGAAUAUUUAAAAGAACUGGUAAGAAAGAAAAUGCAAUUUUUAAUUUGUAAGUGAAAUUUUUGAAAAUAUGAUUAAAAUGGGGUACCUUGUAUACGAAUGAUUUCUGUAAGUACAUGUGAUAUUAUCGUGCCUUGUAUAGACUUUUAAUUGUGAAUUUUACGUACUGCCUACUUUAUCGCAUUUGUACCUAUACGCGGAUCAAUUGUAAGAAAAAUCUAGCGAUGCAAGUCGCACAACUUGCAUAAUCAUUUAUGCAAUUCGUUUGCCAAGAUGCUUCGACAUUUUCAUCGGAUUCCGAAUAAAAUUUCUCUAUUAAAUAA